AUGUUACUAUUCUCAACCACUGACGGAGGCCCUGAAGCAUCAACCAACACUGACGGAGGCCCUGAAGCAUCAACCAACACUGACGGAGACCCUGAAGCAUCAACCAACACUGACGGAGACCCUGAAGCAUCAACCAACACUGACGGAGACCCUGAAGCAUCAACCAACACUGACGGAGGCCCUGAAGCAUCAACCAACACUGACGGAGGCCCUGAAGCAUCAACCAACACUGACGGAGACCCUGAAGCAUCAACCAACACUGACGGAGGCCCUGAAGCAUCAACCAACACUGACGGAGGCCCUGAAGCAUCAACCAACACUGACGGAGGCCCUGAAGCAUCAACCAUCACUGACGGAGGCCCUGAAGCAUCAAUCAACACUGACGGAGACCCUGAAGCAUCAACCAACACUGACGGAGGCCCUGAAGCAUCAACCAACACUGACGGAGGCCCUGAAGCAUCAACCAUCACUGACGGAGGCCCUGAAGCAUCAACCAUCACUGACGGAGGCCCUGAAGCAUUAACCAACACUGACGGAGGCCCUGAAGCAUCAACCAUCACUGACGGAGGCCCUGAAGCAUCAAUCAACACUGACGGAGGCCCUGAAGCAUCAACCAACACUGACGGAUGCCCUGAAGCAUCAACCAACACUGACGGAGGCCCUGAAGCAUCAACCAACACUGACGGAGGCCCUGAAGCAUCAACCAACACUGACGGAGGCCCUGAAGCAUCAAUCAACACUGACGGAGGCCCUGAAGCAUCAACCAACACUGACGGAGGCCCUGAGAGACUUUACUGUGACGGUGGAAACAUUACUGUGACGGUGGGAACAUUACCGUGA